CCCGCGCGGUUCUUGCGCGCUGAAUUCGUCGAGACGCGUGCCGACACGACCCGAGUGCCCGACGCGCAGUAACCGAGUCCUACCGAGUCCAGUCGAGCCGAGCCGAGCCGUGUGCCGCGACCCUCGGAGUGAAGUUCGUGCCGCGUGCCGUACCGGGCCUCUACCGUUCCUCCCAUGACGCGCGGAGAGUCGGACGUGGUGGGCCAGAUCGCCCGGUAGGGACUGCGGGGAGUGAGCCCGGGAUUGCCGCGAGAGUGCGAGGGUCCUCGCGCGGCGCGAGGACCUCACAUGACGGGAGUCCCCUCCCGGCGGCCGGUUAGGCCGACUGGCCGCCGGCCACUCCGACCUCUCGGACCCAGCCUGCCAGGCACCCAGGGACCCAGCCGCUGAAGCCGAGCACGACCCGAUCGCCCCCGACAUGGCGCGGCCCCGAGGGACCGACCGGACCCCCGGCCCUGCGUCAUCGAGAGCCCAGAGCUGCUGCCUUCGCCGGUGCCACCCGCAGCGUCCUGAUAGCGCGAGCACGACUUAUCGGAUAUCCCGGCGCGAGGUGGGCGUCUUCCGGUUCCUGGCGGUGGUGCUGCUGUUCGGCGCGGUGGCGGUGAGCCAGGGCAGGGAGUUCUGUCCGAACGGGUGUACCUGCGACGACGACACCCUGGUGGUCUCCUGCGUGGGCGCGAACCUGGACGUGAUCCCGAUCGCGCUGAACCCCAGCAUCCAGCGGAUAGUCCUAAAGGAGAACCGGAUAAAGAACGUGGACGCGGCGGCGUUCCAGUUCUACGGCGACCUGAGGAACGUGGACCUGUCCAGCAACCACCUGCUGACGAUCCCGAACGGGAGCUUCGAGGCGCAGAAGCAGCUAGUGGAGCUGCACCUGAAACACAACAAGAUCUCGGCGUUGUCGGAGCGCACCUUCCAGGGUCUGAAGUCCUUGACGGUGCUGAUCCUGCGAGACAACUACCUGGAGACGCUGCAGGACGGGCUGUUCGGCUCGCUGACGAAGUUGGAGGAGCUGGACCUGGGGCAGAACCGGAUUUCAAAAAUCGAGGCGGGCGCCUUCCGGAAGCUGGCCGCCCUGCGGGUGCUGUACCUGGACGACAACCAGCUCCGGGCGGUGCCGUCCCCGGCGCUGGCGCCGCUGACCGCCCUGGCGGAGCUGCACAUCGGCUGGAACGCGUUCUCCACGCUGCCGGACGACGCCUUCAAGGGCCUGGAGCGGUUGGCGGUGCUGGACGCGAUGGGCGCGGGCCUGAACAACGUGAGCGACGGCGCGUUCCGGGGGCUCGGCGCGCUGCGCACCCUGAAACUGGGAGGCAACAAGCUGAGGGAGGUGCCGACUCGGCAGCUGGCGGUGCUGUCACGGCUGGAGGAGCUCACCCUGGGCCAGAACGCCUUCCCGGUGCUGCGCUCGGGCGCCUUCCAGGGCCUGUCCAACCUAAAGAAGCUCGACGUCUCCGGCGCGAAGCUGCUGACGACCGUGGAGCGCGGCGCCUUCUCCGACAACGCCAACCUAGAGACACUGGUCCUGAACAGCAACAAGCGACUCUCGGUGCUGGAGGACGGGGCGUUGGCGGGGCUGCCGAAUCUGCGGCACCUGAUGCUGCGGGACAACGCGUUCACCACGUUCUCCGAGUCCCUGGUGGCGUGGGGCGAGCUGCGACGGCUGGACCUGAGCGAGAACCCGGUGGCGUGCGACUGCGGCCUCCUGUGGCUGGCGGAGGUGCUGGCGCCUCGGAACGCCAGCCCGGUGGUGUGCGCGCAGCCGGCGGAGUCGCGGGGCCGCGCCCUGCGCGGCAUGAGCGCCGACGAAUUGGGCUGCGCCUUCUCCGACCCCCGGAAGCAGGCGCUCCUGGCGACGCUGUGCGCCACCGGCCUGGCCCUCCUGACCGGUCUCGCCCUGGUGCUCUACUACCGCUGCCGGCGGCGCGUGCGCGACGCCCUCAAGGACUACAAGUGGAAGAACCGGGCCAUCUCCAGGAAGGAGCACGAGUACCAGAAGACGUUCUCGGACGAGGAGUACAUAGUGCGGGCGGCGCACGCGCAGCACCAGCACCAGCAGGCCCAGGUCGCGGCGGGCAUUAAGCCGAUCCCCGUGACGGAGCUGUAGCUAGAACUUCGGGCGGCGAGCCCCGGGACCGGCGGCGUCUGGUUCCUGCCCCACGGCGGGACCACCCCCGCGGACGGCUUCACCUACAUCGACGGGGAGACGGCGCGGCGGAUGCGCCGCCCGGGGACGCUGCCCGGCCCCAGGGGGGGCGCCGGCAACGGCGCCGCGCCCUCCAGGGGGCACCACCCCGACCACUCGCUGCGGCGCACCCCUCAGUCCCCCGCGCAGCCC